AGCAAUAACAAAACUGAAUAUCUUUGAUUUCCAAACGAAAACGAAGGAAACCGACUUGAUGUCUUGACGUUUCUGAACAGUUUACUUAUCUGUCAAGUUGUCAAUCGUUAUCAGUUUUCCAUUACUUUUCUUAAAAUCGUCUAUAAUGUACAAAUAUUGGAAACAACCACCAAAAACCCUUUAAGAAUUGGAUUAAAUUUUAUCUCUAUUCAUGGUUUGUUGUAGUUUGUUAAUAAUAUCGUUUGUUGAACGCUCUAACAUUCUUGUUUAAAUAUUCAUUCAUAGAACGUCUUUGAUGGAGUUCUCUUGAAACAGGUGGAAUAAAAGCUUAAUGAAAAGUAGAUUUAGUUUUAAAAUGGAAGGAAGCAGUGAUUCUUUGUCAGUGUUGCCUCCUCCUAUGAGCGGGUCUCCAGCGGUUCUCUUGACUCCUGGGCGGACGAGAAACAUCGCACAGGACAUGGAAGCCUUAAGACUGUCGCGGCAAGACAACCCUUAUCUGCAGCAAGUGAUGGCAAGCAGAGAGAGUCUGAUUGAAAGUCAUGCUGAGGAAUGUGAAUCAGAUGACACAAUACUAAUGUCACAGGAAUUUGGAAGCACUGCCUUAGACUUCAUAGAAGAUGAUCCCUUGACCUUAAAAGAGGUUCACGAACAUAUGAUAAGGUCACCACCACCGACUAGUUGCUGGCCACAUGACACUCUGUCGUACCGCGCGUCCAGCGCGUUCGACUUCACGGCGGAGAGCCCGGUGUCGUACAGUGCCUACUCGGUACAUUCACAGGAAAAGGAGUUGCUAGGCGGGCGCUCCCCCCGCCGCGGGGCCCGCAGCGGCGACUCGCGCAACAACAACCCGGCGGCCGCCAGCCGCCCGCGCUCCUCGCGCUCCGCCUCGCCCCGCUCGCAUGACCUCACGCUCUGUGGCCGGCCGCUGUCACUGCCAGGUGAAAGCCACCUACGGAACGCGCUCAGCAAAAAGCAAGGAGGCAACCAAAGCGAGAGGUUCUCCCUCCUCCAGCACCCGCGGCCGCUGCGGAGGCCGCACUCACAGCGGCGCGGCGAGGACAGCGUGCAGCUCGUACAGGAAUACGAUAAGUAAAACAUACUAACAAACGCAAUAAAAAAAGUGCUGGAAUUCAAAUUGUCAUAUUUUUCGACCUUGACCCUGAAUUCGGAAGGUCGCGUUCGAAAUUCAAUUAAGAAAAACAUUGAACAAAAAUGGUGUAAUUCAAAUUGUCAUAUUUUUCGACCUUGACCCUGAGCUGGGAAGGUCGCGUUCGAAAUUCAAUUAUGUAUUUAACGUAUUUGAAGAAUGAUAUUAUAAAGAUAUGAAAUGUAUGAAAACCUUGUAAUGUUAGAAGGUAAGGAUGAAGUUAUUAGUGUCGCGGAAAUGUACGGAAUUGAUUUGAAAAGUAACGGUUUUACGGAUGUUUUCGGUUAUGUACUGUUGGAAAAAUAGAACAUUCUAUGGCGGAAUAAUUGAUUUGCUACCGGUGUCGUGGGUAGAUACAGAUUUUUUUUGCAACUUUAAGAAAACAAAAAAAAAAGGCGACAUUGUGACGAUUUUAUGUUAUGAAUGUAAUGUCAACUCGUUAGACAUUUAUUUACCUUUAUUUAAAUUAUACUAUUCUAAAAAAGUCUUGUAAAAGUGGUCUUUAUAAAAAUAUCGAAAUUUACAAAAACUUCGAGUUUAAUACGAAAAGUA